AUGGACCCCGACCGCAAAGCCGAGUUGACUCGCAUAGCCUCCAACUAUCAGUCCACCUUUUCCCGACGUCAAACUACCGACUCAGGCGUUGGCGGGGCGAGCAUUGAACGCAAGGAUACUGUUGAGAACUUGGAAAUGGGAGACCCUGUUCUAGAUCCAACGAGUGGUCAGUUCGACCACAACAAAUGGGUUCGGAAGGUGCUCAGGCUGUUGGACAAAGAGGGCAUUCCCCGACCUCCCUCCACUGGUAUAGUCUUCCAGAAUCUGAAUGUCUCUGGCUCCGGAUCAGCUCUGCAGUAUCAGAGCAGCGUACCCUCCUUGCUGAUGGCCCCAUUCAGGCCACAGGAAUACCUGGGCUUUCUACGUCAUUCACCAGAGAAACACAUCUUACGUGACUUCGACGGGCUGUUGAAAAGUGGUGAGCUGCUGAUAGUCUUGGGCCGUCCCGGGAGUGGAUGUUCGACAUUUUUGAAGUCGUUGUGUGGAGAACUACACGGAUUAAAGCUUCGUAAGAGCUCCGAGAUUCAAUACAACGGCAUUUCGAUGGAAAAAAUGCACAAGGAGUUCAAGGGCGAGGUUCUUUACAAUCAAGAGGUGGACAAGCACUUCCCUCACCUCACAGUCGGGCAAACACUGGAAUUUGCUGCUGCUGCAAGAGCUCCUGAAGUACGGUUGCGCGAUAUUACUCGUCAGCGAUACGCCAAGUAUGUUACUCAAGUUGCGAUGACUAUAUUUGGUCUGACGCAUACGUACAACACGAAGGUUGGCGAUGACUACAUCAGAGGAGUCUCGGGUGGAGAAAGAAAACGUGUCAGCAUUGCUGAAAUGGCACUCUCGGGAGCCCCUGUCGGCGCCUGGGACAACAGCACUCGAGGAUUGGACUCGGCGAGUGCGCUUGAAUUUGUGAAGGCGCUGCGAGUCAGUUCUGACCUGGUUGGUACCUGUCAUGCAGUCGCAAUCUACCAGGCAUCUCAAGCGAUCUACGAUGUCUUUGACAAAGCCAUUGUUCUAUAUGAAGGCCGGGAAAUCUACUUCGGACCUUGCAGCGAAGCUAGAGACUACUUUCUCUAUAUGGGCUGGGACUGUCCUCCACGCCAAACAACCGGUGAUUUCUUGACAUCGGUGACCAAUCCUCAGGAGCGCAAAGCGCGAGAAGGGAUGGAAAGCAAGGUUCCUCGGACUCCAGAUGAGUUUGAAGCCUAUUGGAAGAAAAGUCCUCAGUAUGCCAAGCUACAGGAGGAUAUUUCUCAGCAUAUAAAAGAAUAUCCGCUGGGGGGACAGUCAGAGCAGAUGUUCCAUGAGAUGAAGCAUGUCAGACAGGCAAAACAUGUGCGGCCGAAGAGCCCUUAUGUUAUCUCGAUACCAAUGCAGGUCAAGCUCUGCACAAUCAGAGCUUACCAGAGAAUCUGGAAUGAUAAGCCCUCGACCUUGACAAAUGUCAUUGGUCGAAUCGCAAUGUCCUUGAUCAUCGGCUCGAUGUAUUACGGGACACCAAAUGCUACUCAAGGCUUCCAGAGCAAGGGGGCUGCUCUUUUCUUUGCAGUUCUUAUGAAUGCCCUGAUCAGCAUCACGGAGAUCAACUCACUUUACGAUCAACGUCCUAUUAUUGAGAAGCAAGCCUCUUAUGCCUUUGUCCAUCCAUUCGCUGAAGCAUUCGGUGGUAUUGUUUCGGAUAUCCCUGUCAAAUUCGUCUCCGCUGUCGUAUUCAAUAUCAUUUUUUAUUUCCUGGCUGGCCUCCGAUAUGCGGCAUCGCAAUUCUUCAUUUUCUUCCUCUUCACGUUUCUGAGCACACUCGCGAUGUCCGGCAUCUUCCGCACCCUUGCAGCAGCAACUAAAACUCUGGCCCAGGCCAUGGCUAUGGCCGGUGUCAUGGUCUUGGCCAUCGUUAUUUAUACUGGAUUCGUGAUCCCUACGCCGCAAAUGUCAGACAUUCCAUGGUUUAGCUGGAUCCGAUGGAUUAACCCGGUAUACUACACAUUUGAGGCUCUCAUAGCCAACGAGUUCCACGGUAGACGAUUCACGUGCUCAGCAUUUGUGCCAGCUUACCCCAACUUAAGUGGGGACUCGUUCAUUUGUUCUGUGCGGGGCGCUGUCGCAGGAGAGCGGACUGUGUCUGGAGAUGCUUAUAUCGAAACCCAGUACAGGUAUACUUACGCACAUGAAUGGAGAAACCUGGGUAUUUUGAUCGGCUUCUGGAUCUUCUUUACCGCCUUGUACCUGGUGGCAACUGAGCUCAACUCUGCUACUUCGUCAAAGGCCGAAUUUCUCGUGUUCCGACGAGGCCAUGUGCCCCCACAUAUGCGCAACCUGGACAAGAAGUCAGAAGCCGAAGAAGGCACCACGGAUGCCGCCUUAGCUCAGAGGACUACUGAGAACGAGAAAGAUGCAUCUGCCAUUCCCGAGCAGCAUAGCAUAUUCACAUGGCGGAAUGUCUGCUAUGACAUACCCGUCAAGGGAGGCGAGCGGCGCCUUCUCGACCAUGUUUCGGGUUGGGUCAAGCCAGGAACUCUCACGGCCUUGAUGGGAGUCUCAGGCGCCGGCAAGACUACUCUACUUGAUGUGCUAGCAAAACGUGUCUCAAUAGGAGUUGUCACCGGCGAGACUUUGGUAGACGGUAAAGCCCUUGACAACAGUUUUCCCAGAAAGACAGGCUAUGUGCAACAGCAGGAUCUGCACCUGCCUACAACGACUGUGCGAGAGGCAUUGCGAUUUAGUGCCCUCUUACGCCAGCCCAAAUCUGUGUCAAAGAAAGAGAAGUACAAGUAUGUUGAGGAAGUUAUCGAAAUGCUUAACAUGCAAGACUUUGCCAGCGCUAUCGUGGGUACGCCAGGCGAAGGAUUGAAUGUAGAGCAAAGGAAGUUAUUGACUAUUGGCGUUGAACUUGCCGCAAAGCCUGCUCUUCUCAUCUUUCUUGACGAGCCGACAAGUGGGCUGGACUCCCAAAGCUCAUGGGCUAUCUGUUCCUUUUUAAGGAAGCUCGCAGAUCACGGCCAAGCAGUCCUCUCGACUAUCCAUCAGCCAAGCGCGCUCUUAUUUCAGGAGUUCGACCGUCUUUUGUUCUUGGCUAAGGGAGGGCGAACGGUAUACUUCGGUGAUAUUGGAGAUCAAUCCCGCACCCUGUUGGACUACUUCGAAGUCAACGGUGCUAGACCGUGCGGCUCAUCCGAGAAUCCCGCUGAGUAUAUGCUUGAGAUUAUUGGAGCCGGAGCAUCGGGAAAGGCGACUCAGGAUUGGGCGACGGUUUGGAAUGAUAGCCAGGAGGCCAAGAACAUCCAGAAGGAGAUUGACAGGAUCUGUCAUGAGAGAUCAUCAGCUCCCGAGUCUCAAGAUAACACAGCCCAGAAGAGCGAAUUUGCUAUGCCCUUUACUAACCAGGUUUGGCAUGUCACGCAUCGAGUGUUCCAGCAAUACUGGCGCGAGCCUGCUUACGUUUGGGCCAAGCUCGCUCUAGCUACAGCUGCAUCUCUUUUCAUUGGUUUUACAUUCUUCAAACCGAACAGCACUCAACAGGGGUUCCAGGAUGUCUUAUUUAGCGCCUUCAUGAUGACCUCAAUAUUCUCCACACUGGUGCAACAAAUCAUGCCCAAAUUUGUGGUCCAGCGAUCUUUGUAUGAGGUUCGAGAACGACCAUCGAAGGCCUAUUCAUGGGCGGCCUUUUUGAUUGCCAACGUUCUUGUCGAGAUACCUUACCAGGUGAUUGCGGGUAUUAUCGCAUGGGCGUCCUACUACUACCCAGUCUAUGGAGCGAACCAGGCAUCCGCCCGCCAGGGACUUAUGCUGCUUCUUAUCACCCAGUUCUACGUGUUCACUUCGACUUUUGCGUCCCUGAUCAUCUGUGCCCUACCCGACGCCGAGACAGGAGGUUCGAUCGCAACGCUAUUGUUCAUCAUGGCGCUUACCUUCAACGGUGUCAUGCAGGCUCCCUCCGCUCUCCCGGGAUUCUGGAUCUUCAUGUACCGGGUCUCUCCCCUAACGUACCUGAUCGCGGGAAUCACGGCGACGGGGUUACACGGGAGAGCCAUUCGCUGUUCCAGCGAGGAGAUGAGCGUGUUCAACCCUCCAUCCGGCCAGACCUGCGGAGACUACAUGGCUCAGUACCUGCAGGUUGCCCCGGGGCAAUUGUACAACCCCACAGCGACACAGGGAUGCGAGUACUGCCAGUUGAGAAACGCCGAUCAAUACCUCGCGUCGAGCAACAUUUACUACAGCGAACGCUGGCGCAACUACGGUAUCGGCUGGGCUUACAUCGGUUUCAACGUCCUCGGUACCGUGGCCUUGUACUACAUCUUCCGGGUCAAACACUACAAUCCCACCAGCCUGGUGCGGGGAGUCGUGGAUGGCGCAAGGGUGGUCUGCCGGGUAUUCAAGCGCCGGUCUGGACGCACGCCCAAGGGCAGAGAGGCCGAGAACGGGAGAUUGCUGUAG